UAAACGGUGCUUUUGCUGGUGUCCUCCUGGAGCGUCCUGUCGCCUUGGUAACAGACGCGCUCUCCACACUUCCGGGUUGCCAAAAACGAAACAUUUUCACAUUGUAUCAUCUCUCCAUUUAGCUAGCUAGCAAUAUCAAUGUUCGUCUGUGGCUCGGUUACUUUAUAAUAUUGAUGAUUCGGUGAUAUCCGCUCUGUUGUUGGUUGGUAAAAACACACUGGCUAUCGUAAUGUGUGAGUCAGAGCCGCGGGCUGGGGUAACGGAGGAGGAGAGGAGAGAGGCAGAGCAGUUAGAGACAGAGUUGGAUAAAUACUUCUUCACAGUGUUUGACGGCUCGUCUCCUGAAGAUGUGUCUCACGCCAAGCAGCUGUGGACCUCUCUGUCACUGCUGCCUCCGCUAGAGUCCCGCCUGGUCAACGCAGACAUCCGCCAGAGGCUGCCGAUAGCCCCGACAAACCAUGAUGAGACACUUCUGGUAGUCGGAGAGAGGCUGCAGGAGGCUCGCCAUCAGAAGCAGAGACAGGGGACAGGCUGCAGGAGGCUCGCCAUCAGAAGCAGAGACAGAGGACAGGCUGCAGGAGGCUCGCCAUCAGAAGCAGAGGACGAAAGAGAGACAGAGAUACAUGGACUG